AUGGCUCCUGCUGUUAAGAAAACUGCUAAAAGACAAGCUGUCAAAAGAGUUUCUAAAAAGAAGCAAACCUACAAAUUCACCAUCGACUGUAAAAACCCAGUUGAAGAUGGUAUCUUGAAGACUGCUAAUUUUGAAGAAUACUUACAAAAAGCCAUCAAAUACAAGGGAAAGACUGGACAACUUGAAGUUGGAGGUAUUAAAGUUGAAGCCACCAAGAACUCUAUUACCGUAACUUCUGAAAAAGAAUUCUCCAAGAGAUAUCUUAAAUAUCUUACCAAGAAAUAUCUUAAGAAGCACUCUCUUCGUGAUUGGCUCCGUGUUAUUGCUUCAAACAAAAACACCUAUGAACUUAAAUACUUCCAAAUCAACAAUGAAGAUGAUGAGGAAUCUGGUGAUGAAAAUUAA